AGCUCAAGUGAUGGUUUUGCUGGGUGAACUCUACGGGCGUUCAAAUCCUAGUAAUCCACCCCACCCUGACCCCGAAACCGGCGCCUGGCCCUUCCGUACGGCCACGCAGGAGGCAACCAAUAAAUGUCUUCCGAAAGAAUGUUAAAUGUAUUGAAAAGAAGCCCUUUAAAGGGAGCUCCCACGAGACCGUGUUGGAAUUGACGUUUCUUUAAGGCAUUGCUUCCCUGUCGAUCUCAGUCCGCUGAUACCCCCAAACUCGUGCACGUCCCCUUCACUUCCAGGUCAUUGCGGGGGCCUCAGCCGCAGCUGUAACUCUUGUUGGAACCUCACUGCCUGUUUCAGGGAAGCGCAGGGGAGGCCGGCGCGGGGGUGGGACGCGAGGGCGUGCGGAGAGCAGGGACCGAGCCCGGCGGGCCUGUCCCGGGCAUCCACGGUGGCUGGAACUCUUCUUCGGGCGCCUUUCCAGGAAACUAUUUGGGUUAUUAAUCCAACGAAUGAGGUCGGCUGAAUGCACGCUGCUGGGUUUAGAAAAAAACAAAAAAUGAGCAAGCGAGACGUCCCUUCCGUUUUGUGAUAACCGGGCUGCAAGCAAAUAAAUCGACUGGCCCCACUGCAAUCUUCUGCGCUCGAGUGCCAAGAGAGCCUGAACCUAUCAGUUACUGAAGCCAUAAGGAAAAUUUUUUUAAAAAUUAAAACUUUACCAUUAUGAGGUGUUGCCACAUCUGCAAACUUCCUGGAAGAGUGAUGGGGAUUCGAGUGCUCCGUUUCUCUUUGGUAGUCAUUCUUGUGUUACUGCUGGUAGCUGGUGCUCUGACCACUCUACUUCCUAAUAUCAAAGAAGACAAGAUGCUUGCUUUACGACGGGAAAUAAAAUCCCAGAGCAAGUCCACCCUAGAUUCCUUUACCCUCAUAAUGCAGACGUACAACAGAACGGAUCUACUGUUGAGACUUUUAAAUCAUUAUCAGGCAGUACCACAUCUGCACAAGGUGAUUGUGGUGUGGAACAACAUUGGGGAGAAAGGACCAGAUGAGUUAUGGAAUUCUCUGGGGCCUCACCCUGUCCCUGUGAUCUUCAAACUACAGACAACAAACAGGAUGAGAAAUCGACUCCAGGUCUUUCCUGAGCUGGAAACCAGUGCAGUCUUAAUGGUCGACGAUGACAUGCUAAUUAGUGCCCAAGACCUGGUUUUCGCUUUCUCAGUUUGGCAGCAAUUUCCUGAUCAAAUUGUAGGAUUUGUUCCUAGAAAGCAUGUGUCUACGUCAUCAGGUAUCUACAGUUAUGGAGGUUUUGAGCUGCAAACGCCAGGCUUUGGAAAUGGUGACCAGUACUCUAUGGUGCUGAUAGGAGCCUCAUUCUUCAAUAGCAAAUACCUUGAACUCUUUCAGAGGCAACCUGCAGCCGUCCAUGCUUUGAUAGAUGAGACGCAAAACUGUGAUGAUAUCGCCAUAAAUUUUAUCAUUGCCAAGCACAUCGGGAAGACUUCAGGGGUAUUUGUGAAACCAGUAAACAUGGGCAAUUUAGAAAAAGAAAGCAACGGUGGCUAUUCUGGAAUGUGGCAUCGAGCAGAGCACUUUCUGCAGAGGUCUUUCUGUAUAAAUAAGCUUGUUAAUAUCUAUGGUAGCAUGCCCUUAAAAUACUCCAACAUUAUGAUUUCUCAGUUUGGUUUUCCUUAUGCCAACCACAAAAGUAAAAUGUGAAAGUAAAACAAACAAAAACCAACCUCAAAACUGCUUAGUAUUUGAGUAGCUCAUCCGUGCUGUGGUUGGUUUGUUUUCUUUUUUUAAGCAACAUCAUGAACUUUUAUCCACCCCAGAAGUCUCUACAAAGAAAAAAAUGUACAGCGCUCCUAAGAUAUGAAAUUCACAUGAACUUCAAAAACCAAAAAGCUAGUAUUAUCCAGAUAGGUCUUCUUGUGAGAAGUUUUUGUCCACAGAUACAACGCCUUGGUCAGCGAUUUUGUUGUUUACAUCCUGAGACUGUUCUCCAAUUUCUUUGACUCCUGGCAUUUGCCUUAAGGACCUGUGUAGAAAGCUGUUUCCAGGAUCAGAGAAGCAUUUCUCAGCUUUUUCAUUAAAGGAUGAUUGUUUUCAUUUGAAGUCUGAAAUGCCUUUUUCGCAAAAGCCUGUGGUAGGGAAAAGCCAUGUGAAGAGAGAAUAGUCUCAAUCCCAUGUAAAAACAAGUGACAAAUUUGUGACUACCAGUGCUUCCCGUGUGGUCCUUCCACCCAACCCUUUCCAGGACUGUCUCAGCCAAGCAUGGUUUUGAUGCAACUAUCAAUGCUUUUAUUUUUGUUAAUAAGUCUGUUGUAACUAGGGGAGUGAAUUUUAGUAGCUGAGGGAUGUCUAGUUGUUUGCUUGAUUUUUGUGAACAUUUACUGCAUGGAUCACAAAAAAAGUGCAGCCUAUGUUUCUUAUAUGCAACUUAUAUGCAGCAAGGAGUAAAUCUGUUACAAGAUUCAGGUAGUGCAUUUUGUCACUGAAUCUGACCUUGAGAUUGUACAUUAAUUCUUAUUUUUUACAUACAGUAUAUGUAGUUUAAGAAACACGUAUAAGAUAACGCUUCUGAAAGAAUGAUUAAGUAGGAACUGGCAGAAGUUAAAAAUGUUAUUGUCAAAAGAUCUUUAUUGUCAGGGUGUAGGUGAUCUCAUGGAUCUUAAAGAGUGGUAUGGAUUAUACACAAAGUCAUUCUCUUGAAUCUAGAACUUCUUUUUUUUUUUCAAAAAAGAUCCAAGGCAUUAUUCAUCAUGAUGAAAUUUCAAUUACAUAGAUACAGGAAAAAAUAAGAGUACUGAGUCAUAGCAGGCAAUUCUAUAGGGACUACAUCAGCUCAUUGUUAAGUUGCCCACGUCCUGUUAUGCAAAUUAAUAUCUGUGCUCUACACAGUGUCUAUAUUUGGUCCUUGUUCACUACUGAUGGCAAGGAAUAUUUAAGUAGGCCUCUGUCUACCAUCUUCUCUCCCUCUCUCCCUCCUUCUCCUCUUUCUCCUCCUCCUCCUCCUAUAAUGACAUUAUGUUCUCCCAAUUGCAAAGCUCUGAAAAUAUUAAUCGUGGUUAAUGUUGCAACAAUGAAGUCUCUGUGCAGUUAGUUGAGCAUAUGUUGUUUCCUACGUUGGCAUGUGUAUGCGUCUUAAUGCAGUCAGAUAAAACCAGUAGAACUCAAAACCUCACUAAAAAUCUAUAAUGUUAGUUAUCUACUUUGUCCAACCUUGGUAGUGAUUUUUUUGCCUCUUGGGCAGAUAAAUAAAGUAAACUUUUACCAUCCA